AUGAUGGGACGCUUCACCACGGUUCUCGCCGCCGUUUCGGCCAUGACCACUGCCGUAGCUGACGACUUCAACAUCCUGCAGCAUGUUGGAGGCAACGGACAAUGGUUUGCCGGACCUGAAGUGACUGGCAUCUCGCCCAAGGUACCUGCUGGAUGUAAAGUUGAGCUCGCAGCCUUCUUCUCUCGCCACGGCAGCCGCUACCCUGACAAUGGAGCUUACAAUGAAUGGACCGACUUGUAUGAUCGCGUUCAGGCGGCCUCCAACCUUACUGUCAGUGACAAGAGCCUCGACUUUCUCAAAACGUGGAAGCCAGUGCUCUCAGACCCCUCGAACCAGAUCAGUCAGCUGUCACCUACUGGAUACAAGGAGCUCACUGAGAUGGGUACCACAUGGCGUCUUCGCUACCCUGAUCUGUACGACUACAACACGCCCUUCACCAUGUGGGCAAACUACUAUAAGUCGGGACCGCGAGUUCGUGACAGCGCACGUCUCUUUUCUCAGGGCUUCCUUGGCCCAAAUGCGACUGCGCUGGGUACCAUUUAUGCGUUGAACAGCAGCGACCCCACGUCUUGGAUGAAUUCGCUAGCUACCAGCGACCUGUGCAAGGCUUACAACGACGAAGGUGGCAGCCCGCACAAGGAUGUAUGGGACAACAUCUACCUUCCUCCAAUCCGCGCUCGUCUCAAUGCCAAAAUUCAGGGCGGCUUCAACUUUACCCAGUGGGACGUCUCCAUCAUUCCCUACCUCUGUGGUUUCGAGACACAGAUCACUGGGCGCCGGAGCCCUUUCUGCGACAUUUACACCGAAAAAGAAGUCCUCCAGUACGAGUACGCUCAGGACCUGCGCUACUGGUAUGGCAAUGGUCCGGGAUCUGAUAUCGAGAAAUACAAUAUGCUGCCAGUGAUCGAAGGUCUGGUCCAGCGCUUCGUCGACGGGCCGAAUGCAACAUACGAGAAUGGCAACUCGACGUUCGUGCCGCCGAAGAUCAUUGCGUCUUUUUCAAACGACGGCCAGAUCAACCAGAUUGUUGCGGGUAUUGGCGUCUUCGACAACGAGCCUCAGCUCCCUGCCAACAGGACUCUGCCGAACCGUAAGUUCAGGGCGAGCCGUCUUGUGCCUAUGCGCGGUACUGUCGCAUUCGAGCGUUUGACCUGCCCUGCUGCCGCUAAUGGAUAUGCUACGAACAAUUCGACAAGCGAAGCGUUUAUGCGCAUUCGCCUGAAUGAGGUCGUGUACCCGGUCGUCAACUGCACAAGUGGUCCUGGCUCAUCGUGCCCGCUGUCUCAGUACCAGAACAUCAUCAAAAGCAAGAUCGAUGCGGUCGGUGACUUUACGAAAAUCUGCAACACGACGGACUCGAGCUUUGCAGCAAGACCCGCGUCUACGUUCUUCACCGAUAACACGUUGCCGUUUCAGCGAGUCGUGAAGCCUUGA